AUGUACAGCCCGUUUCAAGUCACCCCACAGCAUCUGAAUGGGAUUAAGAUCUGGGCUUUGACUGGGCCCUUCCAGGACUCCAGUACUGUCCCCAAGACCAAGAACAAAGCGGGCGAGACCAAGAAGCUCAGCACUCUAAAGACCACGAUGGCAGACAGUAGUCGCCCCAGAAGCAGCCCUGGCACUGGGGUCAGCAGUAUGGCCCGCAGCCGCCCCACAAAACCCCCCACCCCCGCCUCCACGGUGCCAGACAGGAAGGCCCCCGGCCCUCGGGCCCCUCGGUCCUCUGCCCGCCCCAGCACCGGCCCCUCACCUGACAUCAAGAACGCCCGCUCCAAGAUCGGCUCCACCGACAAUAUGAAGCACCAACCUGGUGGGGGCAAGGUUUCAUCAGCACAGGGCAGGACUGACACCCUGGCAAAAUGCCCCCUCUCCAAAGAGACCAGCCAGGGCAAAGUUCAGAUAGUCAACAAAAAGGCGGACUUCAGCCAUAUUACCUCACGCUGUGGCUCCAAGGACAAUAUGAAGCAUGUUCCCGGGGGGGGAAAUAUCCAGAUUCUGAACAAGAAAGUAGACUUGAGCAAAGUUACCUCCAAGUGUGGCACCAAGGACAAUAUCAAGAAUAAACCAGGAAGUGGUGAUGUGAAAAUCCAAUCCCACAAGGUCAACAACAAAGUUCCGUCCAAAGCCGGGUCAAUGGAUAACAUGAACCAUGAGUCAAAGGACAGCCUCGCCAAGGGAGAUGGAGCUCCCUCUAGUGGUGCCCAGGACACUGCACCAGAAAUAAUAGCCCAGGACAACGGCCUGACACAGACGGCCAGUCUGGUUGAAGGGUUUUGGGACCCCCAGGGCCCGGACACACGCAUUCCUGAGACAAAUUGAGGCGCUGAAGGUGCGCUUUAGCUGAAACAACCUGGCCCCACCUGCCUGCAGUGCAGCCCUCUCUCAGUGAUUCUCUUGGGUCUGCCAGCUCCCCCUCCCCCUCCUGUCGCCCCUCCUUCUCAACAACACGCUAGCAUGACGAGGAACUCCAUCUCCGUCUUCUCAGCUCCCACACUAACACACACACGCAAACACACACGCACGCAGGAACAUACACACUUUCCACACCUCCACCUUCCGCCAAAAAUGCGACACACUAAGUUAGAAACGUUUAGAUUGAACGGUAGUCUAUGACUCACAUACGUCUGUGUGUUUGGUGUCCAUGUUUGCAUAAUUAGUGUAACAGAUGAACUGUGUUCUGAUUUCUUUACCUCUUCUUUGUUGCACUUUGUUUCCAUUUCCGUUUUCUAAUGAAGGAAAUCAGUCCUUGCCGAGUGGGCACACAGAAUCGUACACGCACGGCGAUGUCGUGAAGGAACGCUGGGAAAAUGGCCGUCUGGGCAGGUGUGAGCUCACUGGUCACACGACUCAGACUUUCCCAAGAUAUUAUUGUAAUUAGAAUGUGGAAGGGACAGGCUUUUCCCCAUCACUACUGUCACUAAGACACGUGUACACCCAGUGGUGCAGUUACACAGACAGGCUUGCGGCUGUGAGUAUGUGAACGGGGAUAAACUAGCAUUCUGAAAAAGUGAGGGAGAGUCAGAGGUUAUUCAUUCUGCCUGUGAUACUUGUACUGAAUGAAAAAAGGCAAGUGUUCCCAUGCCCAGGCAGAAAUGAAGGGAUCUGUGUUUAAUAGAAGGGCCAGGGCAAGCAGGUAAGCUUUUACUUUAUUGUGAUUAAAAUGUAUUGUGAACAUGAAAAUAACCCCUAAAAGGAUAUGUCGAGUAUGGGCUGCCCCCUUGUAGAGGCAAAGGGACUCUAUACCUAAAAAGACAGAGACAGAAGACCAAUAAUAUUGUUUAGCCUAGCAGACUCAUAAACCUUAGAGCCACAAUACUUCAAUUAAUUAACUGUGACUUGAUUUGUGUGACUAUUGCUUCUCUCUUGCCCAUGCAUUAGGGCAUAUGUUUUUUUUUUUAUUAAUUAAUUAAUUAAUGGGAAUGGCCAUAGAUUAAUAUUUCUGAAGAAUGUCAUGCAAUAUAGGCAAUAUUAUGUCUGUGUGGUGGGUGGGGGUUCCUUAAAGGCAUACUAUUCUGGAUUUUUCAUUGAAAAUUUUAUAAAACAAACAUGCUCAGACAUUACUAAGAUACACUGGCGACAUGAGUCUGUGUUGACGUCUGCCCAAUACCUUGCCUAUCUGCUUGUAUUUCUUAUUCUAAAAACCUUUUAGGACAUUUCUGGGUGUAUCUGACUAAGCUCAUAUGCUCUAUGGUCCAAUAGAAGAAGAAGGUGGAGGAGGGCAAGAGGAGACAUGUAUGGAUUGGCUACUACUGUAGUGAGCUGGGUUUGUGAGAGAUAGCUUUGGUGGCAAACCAUUACGCAAGUGUUAGGAGAACGGUAUAAUUUUGCAUCGAUGUAUGCAUUUUGCAUACUUUUGACUGACUGCUAUGACUGCAGCUAUUACUGCAUUUUUUUAAAGAGACGUGCAGCAGUCUGCACAAUGUUAGCUACAAACCCUCCUGGCAAAGCUAGCCAGAGUAAAAUAUCUGUUCCAGAUCCAGUAAGCUAAAGCUGGCUAUGCAGUAAUGCUGGCUACUUUGCUGCAUAUGACAGCAAAGUGGGUUUUUGCUAUCGAAAAUGUCAGUCAAGCAUUUUGGUAGAGCUAUGCUUGCAAUUGACUGCUUGACUGGUAUGAAUGAGCUACUUUUGAAAGAGAUGCUAGAACUUAGUUAACUAUAGCUACUAACUAUAACUAAAUACAAACACAAGUAAUAUCAGUUAAAUAGCUAGCCAAAUGAAUUAUUAGACUGUGGUCAUCCUGGAGGUGUAGGCGGGGUUGAGAAUGGGGCCGUAGACGUUUUUUGUGUGUAAACAUAGGAGGGAAGCAAGGAAAGAAAUCCUGCAUAGUAUGCAUUUAAAGCUGAAGAGGGCUGUCACAUCUACAGUAUCUUGCACUUGUCUUGUAUCAGUAGUAGGCCGUCUGUACGCUUUCAAUAUCUGUAGCAAAGGGGUGAUAAUAAUGUAACGCUGCAACUGUGGAAAGAGUGUGAUGGGAUGUCACAAUGGGCACAUUCACAUUAAUUAAUAUUACAAAUACAUAAAUACAUUUAGGGUGCAUUUUUGCAUACACUUCCUUCAGUGCCUUGAGGGAGGGGGGGUUGGAGGGGGUGGAGAGAGCUUUGCCUGGCUGGGGGCAGAAAGAGGGAGAGGAGCAGUAGAGAGAGAGCAAGAACAGAGGGAAUAUCCAGCUGUAAAUCUGAAACAAGCUUGAGGGAGGCGUGAGGACUAAGGCUAUCUGAUAAAACAUGCAGAUCUGUGUGUGUGUGUGUGUGUGUGUGUGUGUGUGUCUGUGCGCAUACCUGCACAUGCACAUGUGAGCACGUGUGACUCCUGUUCCCACUGCUUCUGACUGCUGCUUAAGCUGUUAAGACCAUAUUGUAUACUUUAGCAUGCCCUAAGUAUAACUAUGUGCACUUAUAUUCACGUAUACUAAAGUUAACAAAAGUAUAUGUCAGCAUGCAUUCAUUCUAUACACUUUAAUUUUUAAUAUAUAAGUGUAGUAGAGUAUAAAAGAGUAAAUUUCAAGUACACUUCAGCAUACUAUUUUGAUCACAUGUGAACCUACCUUCAUCACUCCAGAUUAGCAAGAGAAAUACACGAGACAUGAGGCAUCUGCAGUCGGACCCCAUAGUCUGUAUAGUGCUCCACCAUUAUACAGAGUAAUGCUAAGAAUGCAGAGCUAAGGACCGGAAUUAUUACAAAGUAGCACCUUAAUUUAAUGUAUUUGUUAGAGGCUUCUGUUAGGAGAAUGUGCAUCCCUCCCUAAACACACUGGCAUAAUGGUAGAGGACCCCUUUUCACCAAGUGAAGGAAACUAAAGCUGAUGACAUGCUGAAAAAUAGUUGCAACACAAAUAUGAGUUUUUAAAUAAUGUUUUUAAGUUUUGCAUUUUUGUAAAGCAACAUAGAGGUGAUCAUUUUUGACUGAUAAGAUUGGAGAAUCCAAACUAUUUCAGUAAAAAUGCCUGCACAAAAGAUUUAAAAUAUACUUUGAUGUAGUAUUUUUAGAUAUCUGCCUUGUGAAGUACAACAUGAGUGGAUGCUGAAUGUAUGGUGGUUCCCCUUGUGCUGGGUGGGCUCACUGCCGCAGCUACUCAGCUUUGUGUCCCUGGUGCAGUGGCCCUUAGACUGAUUUUAGUGCCUGCCUCACCCUCAUUCAUAUUCCAUGAUGUUUCUAAUAGUUUUCACACUUCUGUCUGUCUUCACACAGUUGUAUAUAAAUGUAUGUCUUAUAAAUACACUAUCACCAUGGAAAAAAAAAAAAAAACUUUUUAGGGGCUUAUGUAUUUUAAGUGCAGCUGUAACAUUAAUUUACCUUUAACUAUUCUGGACUCUUAAGAGUGUUUUUUCCCCCCUGAAAGUCAGUGUUUGUCUCUUUUGAAAAAGGGCUGAAGUAAAAGAAUGUUUUUUAAUCAAAAUGUAUUAGUGUAGAUAUACUGCAGUUUAUGUUUUUGUUUUUUUUCCUGACCACUACAAGGGGUACCUGACAUUUUAUUACAGAGGCUAACAGACAAGAGUGUUCUGUCUCUCUGACUCUUUGCUUUGGCAGUACACCACAGUCUAUUCCUCUUACACCCAAUUUUAAAAGCCAUUUACGUAUACAUUACUAUUAAUAUCAGUGUGCCACGUGGGAAUUGAAGACCCCCUUGGAUAUUAAGUGGGCAGAGCGAUGAGGAGUAAUAAUACAACAGAGUUGGUCUGAAGUGUCUGAGAUGAAACUCUUGUCAGUUGACCUGUUCAUAUUGAAGAUCCCAUGUUCUGCAGUGUGCUCCUGGAAAAGUAGUGAGGAGCUUCCCUUUCAUACUGUUGGUACUACAGCACUCUGAGUGUCUACACGCACUAAUAGAACACACAAGAAGAGCAUGUAGAAGACAAUGGAUUUGUUAGGUAUAUUCUGUCAUAUACAGGAUUCAGUUCUUUUUCCUUUCAUUUGGAACUUUUAUUGUAUGGCUUGAAUGAGAUGAUUAUUAUUGUUAAUUGUUAACUAGUGAUGUGCUAUUAAUCAUGUAAUAAAAUAUUAAAAAAAAUGUGUUUGUCUAGUUCUUUAGGCUACAUAGUGCUGUUAAGCUUACUGGGAUUCAAAAAACGGAAUCUGAGACGAUAAGAUUACAGUUACACAGUUCCUGUUCAGGGUUUACCGUUGCAAUUGAAUACACAGCAAAUAUAUUUAAAGGUGCAAUAGUUAAUUUUGGACUCCUAACGGUCAAGAGAGAAAUUCUCUGAAGGCACCUACAGGUAGUGUUGCUUUCGUCAACGAAAAUUAUGAUGAAAUAUCUUCGUCAACGAACCUUUAUCACGUGAUGAAAACGAGACGCAACGAAGAUGCUGGUCACGUGACGAUAACAAU